AUGAGACAGAGCUCCUCGGAAGAAAGAUUGACGAUGUACCUAAACAGCCGCCAGCCAUCCCCUGAAGGAGGGGUCCCCUUGAUAGAGCCGUCGAGCAUUCCGCUGAACAUUCCCAUUGUUCAGAACCGUAGGCCGCAGACAGAAUUCAACAGGAGAGGCGAUAAGAAGGGUAUGGUCCAGGUAAUUUCCCCGGCUCCAAACGACAUGUCGAGCCACGAUAGCGAACAGCAGCUUCUACUGUAUAAUUCCGCCCAGAUAUCAUCCAAGACCGAUGAUUGUCGUUACAAAUCUGCUCGAAAUCCCCGCCAGCAGCCGGGUCCAGGCUGUCUGACUGGCUGGAGAGGUGGUCUAAGCAUAGCUGCCGGGUUGACUCUCCUUAUUCUGAUCGGCAACAUCACAAUCCUUGGAGUCUUUUCAUCGCCGGCUUACCGAAGAGACUAUAGUUCUGCUACUGCCCCAAUUCGCACGGGAGAAUGUGACGAGAUCAAGAAAUUGAACUUCGGCAUCCACCUUAUCAUCAACAUCGCGAGUACUCUCUUGCUUGGGGCAAGCAACUAUUGUAUGCAGACCGUUAGUGCUCCUACACGCCAUGAUAUAGACAUCGUCCAUGCUAGUGGUAAAUGGCUACAGAUUGGCGUCCCCAGCCUUCGAAAUCUGAGGUUCAUUGGAAAGAAGAGGGUCUUCGUUUGGCUGUGUCUGGCCAUUACGUCUAUUCCCCUUCACCUGGUUUACAACUCGGUGCUCUUCAUGUCAACCAGCUAUAACAAGUACCGGAUAUACUUUGCCAACGAAAAUUUUGCAUCAUGGGCGCGUUAUGAGGAAAAUAAUUUCAAUAUCACUACAGAAAUGGCGCUGCAGCUCAUAGGCCGCGAGAGAUACCAAGCCUUACCCAACAACGACUGCAUCGAAGCUUAUGCCAAAGAUUUAAUACAAGGCAGGGGGAACGUGAUUCUGGUUAUACAGCCACCAAAGAGCUGCAGUGUCUUCCAAGAAUAUGAACCCCUAGAGGUCUGUACGGCCCCGUCCACUACAUCCUUAUACGCGUCCCAUAACUACAAGCAUGGUGUGAAGUCGGACAGCCAACAGAACUGGUACUACUGGAUAUGCUCCCAGAAGAGUUAUAUUCAGAAAGAUGAGGAAGGCAAGGAUAUAGUCUGCAACAAGGACGCGUGGGAGAGGAAGAUGAGCAACGACAUCUGGGAGGUGGCCGGGGUGAAAGUGAAGUACUGCCUAAGUGAGCAGACGCCCAGCCGGUGUCGGCUUCACAUCGCCACAAACCUCGUCGUUGUAGUCAUUGCUUUCAACUUGGCCAAGUUGCUUCUUAUUACUUUAAUCCUUUUCGGCAACUGGGCUGACUGGGACCCUUUGGUAACUAUCGGCGAUGCUAUUGCAUCAUUCAUCAAACGCCCCGACCCGAAUACAGGGGGGAUGUGUCUAUUGGCGACUGAGGAGAUAAUGGAAUUUUGGGGGAGCAAAUGCACACGGCCCCAAGAGUAUCGGCUGCAGAGUGACCGCUGGGCUUCGGCUGUGAGCACAGGUCGCUGGAUUAUUGCAGUCUGCUUGAUUGCGGCCACAUUGUCUAUUCUCAUUUGCCUCUUGGUUUGGGCUAUUUCCAGCUUGCCUCGCUCCUCCUUGGGGGGCGAUGAUUUCAAAUCCAUCUGGUCGUUGGGCGUUGGCAAAAUCAGUCCAUACACCCUUAUAUCUGCGUGGGACGUUCCCUCUGCAGGCGAUGCGGCAGUUGUUUGCCUUGUUCUUCUUACCAACUUACCACAAGCGUUGUUCUCGUUCCUCUACCUUAUCUUAAAUGGGAUCCUCACUUCUAUGGUAGCUUCACGGGAAUGGACUGAUUACGCAUGCCAUGUUCCUAAAGCCCUCCGUGUCUCUUUUCCAAGGAGAGGACAACGAUCUACGUUUUUCUUGGGGCUACCAUAUCGGUACAGCCUGCCAUUAAUCAUUAGUUCGGUAUUGAUGCACUGGCUUAUCUCACAGAGCUUUUUCAUGGUGCAGAUGGUUGAGGUUCGCACGUGGGAGUCUCAAAAGGACCAAGAGGAUAUCAAAAUAACGGACAUCACAACCACGGCCGGGUAUUCUCCCCUAGCCAUGUUUCUAGCAGGCUUCGUCCUGCUGGUAGUCUCGUCCACAAUAGCUAGGCUGGGGGGGCUCAGAUUCAAGCAAGGCAUGCCAUUGACCGGGAGCUGCAGCGUAGGCAUCGCAGCCGCGUGCCAUGCGUACGAGAAAACAUCGAGCCGAAAACCGUUGGCAUGGGGUGUGGUGGUUCCGGCCAAUCGCACUCUGGAUGGUGUUGGACAUUGCUCCUUCUCCAACAAGCAGGUAGACCUGCCAGAGCCAGGGAGCUGGUAUGCUUGA